AUGUUUGCGCAAAUCAUGCGCGUUACCUUUUAUGGAACAAUCUUUUUAAGUCUCUUCGUGAUAGACUACGCACUAGGAAACGGAUUUGUAGCAAUGAUCCAAAAAAUUUUUUGCAAGUUUGCAUGUUUUGUAAAGCAGUCUAUCCGCGCUGAGGCUAAACAGAUCGCCCAGAGAGAGGACAUUAAGAAUCCUAUCAGCAUACCCUUGUUGCUUAUGGAGAUAAUACUACUAGCUUUUACAAUAGUGUUCCUGAAUCGAUAUAAAUAUUACCGAGGCAAGGAUCGCAUUGACCACCUUCUUCAGGAGAGCAAGGAGACACUAAAGCAGACUAAUGAGUUUCUGGAAAAAUGGCGAAUGCGAAGGGUGCCCACCGAACGAACAUAUCUGGAUGAAGAGCCACAAGAGAUCAAACCCCUCAAAUUGGAAGUACCAAUCCUUCAUAUGGCUAUUGUGGACACCCGUGGCACUACGAGACGUCAACCAGAAAGGGGCGAUGCUGGUGAUGCGAUCAACUAUACUGAUUCCGCUCUUCUCUCAGUCUCAUCUCUCCUGGAUGACGAUAUAGACUCCUUCGUGGAACCCAUUGGCGAUGAACUGGAUAUGAAUGGAGAGUUAAAAAAUAGAUACCUGUGGGAUGUCAUGGAAGAAGACGCCAACAUGGAAGAUUAA